GCCUCAUGCACAUGUUCAAAUCCUGUUCAAACCCUUUUCAACUUGCGAAUGUUCUCAAAGUACGAUUUCAGUUUUCGUAGACUCCUUUCUGCCAUUUUCUCCCGUUCCAUGGAAUUUCCUACUGAUGUCCCGGGGUUAUUUACCUUGGGCGAGAUUCGACUUGAGGUUGCGGCAUGGAGGGGAAUGCUCUUGAAUAGUAAUUUUCCUCCACGGUGUGUCCUUGAACAACUCAUGUUUUGCAAAGCUACCAAACGAAAACAGCAUGAAUUUAUUGUGCUAUAUUUUCGUCAUUGGGAUGCUUCAGUGCCUGCAACUGCCGUUGUGGUCGUAGACCGUGCUCCAAAGCCAUCCUCGAACGACAGUGGCUCCUCUACACCUAUUACGCACUCAUCGGGCAUCACUUCCCCUUCAGCUUUACAAACUCCCGCCCUUGAUUCCGUUUCUACUACCAAAAACACAGGUACUACCGCUCACAAGCACCUAGAAUCGAGAUAUGGCCAAUACCAGUGUCUUUGCACCCUCACAUUCUCUGCCACAUCCGCACGUCCCUCGGCAACCCAGAUAUCGGUUCUCUUAUCUAUUAUAAACAUGCAUGCUCCCGACUACCACCUGUAUCAAUUUCAGUGCUACUGGUUCGCCAGUACUGUCUGGGAGGCCAUAAAACAGCUCUUCCCAGGCGGUCUCGAGUCAACCUGGCAAGGAAAACGCUCUUGCUACCAUGGUUUUAAUGUGGAAAGGGCAGACAGUGUGGAGGCCGUGUGCGAGGGGUACGCUGAUGAGUGGAGGCGCCUCGAAAAUGAAGCAGAGCUGAAGAGGCAAGCAGAGCAUGCCAGGACACAGCAGACAUGGAUGGAUGGUCUGGCUCAUGGUCUGGCUCAUGGUCUGGCUCAGAGCCAGGCGGAGGUUGACCGGUGUCAGGCGGAGGUUGGCCGGAGUCGGGCAGAGUUUGACCGACGUCAGGCAGAGUUUGACCGACGUCAGGCAGAGUUUGAGCGGCGUGAGGCCGAAAUUGACUGCUUGCUAGCGCAAAACUCCCAAUUACGAACCAGUCUGGGGUGA